UGGAAAACAACUUGUGUACGAUCAAGUGAAUAUUUAAUAGACUUUAUAAAUUAAGCAAUACUCAAGAACCAUGUCAAAUGCAAGCGACUGCUCAUCUUAUUCAUACAGUCCAGAUUUUAAGAAUUAUAUUUAUGAGGAUGGGGGAUCAAGUUUGUUCUACAUCAGAGCUCAUUCAUUAAAAGACAAUGAUUAUAACAAAAAUUCAUUAAAUCAUGAUCAAGAUGAAAUAUUCAGGCAUGAAUUUAAGAGGAUGAGUUUGAGGCAGAGGGAUAAAGGAAUCCUAUCAAAAUUGACAAAUAAAAAGUCAUCAGGAUUUGAGUUUAAAGUAGUGGAUAGGCAGAAGUAUAGACAUACAGAUGGUGAAUUAAAGGAAUUAAAAGUUGGCAAUAAAUCAUUGAAAACUGCUAAUUUAAGCAAGUCAAAAAAAGGAGACAAGAGAAGCUUGUUUGAAAUUUUAUUCAAUGCCUCGAUCAUUCCUGGACCUGACAAUAAGAGAUUGAUAAUUGAUAGAAUAAAUACACCGAGUAUCUUUGAGAAAGACUUGUGUGUUGGUGACUACAUUAAAACAAUUGAUGGAGAAGUAAUAACCACAGACAAUAUCAAUCAUGUGCUACAUAAAAUAAUUAUUCAAAAAUCAUUUAAAAUUGUCGCACAAGAAUCUUAUAAGGAUGACUAUGAUGCAUCACAAGAAGAGAUUAAGAUCACAAAAAUUAAUGACAUUGUGGCUAAUAAGCAGAAACUGUUCAACCUCGGAUCUGAAACUCAUGAAUUAAUUUUCAGUCUCAACAUUAUUGUCAAAAAUGAACAAAUAACUGAAGAUUCUGAUGACUUUACGACUGUAUUCUCAUAUCCACCAAAAGACAAUAACUUCUUGCAUAAACAGAAGGGAUCAUUUCUAACUCUAGCAUCAAUUUUGAAGGGUUCAUUUGAUAAAUAUCCGAAUGUGACAUCCAUCAAAGUUCAUAAUACAACAUUUUUCGUGACUUAUACAAUCAGGAACGGUGACAAUGAGUUUAUAUUUCUUGGAUUUAAUUCCAAUUAUGCUGGAUUGUUUGACUCCAAGCACAUAACUCAAAACUUUGUUAAAUUCCUUGACUACAUCUACCCGAACUUUAUUAUCAUCAAUGACUUUGAUCAACUAAACUCACUUUGUGAAAUUGUCAAGAUCCAAUUAAUCAGGAACCCAUCUGAAGCUAUAAAUUUUGAGCAACUAUUCUCAUGUCCAAAAUUUGUUCCUUUGCCUAAAGAAAUAGUUUUGAGAAUCAAUGAUGCUCUGAGUGAAUUGGAAGCUAUGGAUUAUAGGAACUGGAAUGAAAGUUUGAUGGAACUAUUUGGAAAGUUUAAUGUGAUUGGUUCCUGUCUAUUUUACAAGACAUCUCUGAUCUGCUCACAUUUUAAUGAAUUGGAUAUGGAAAAUGUUGAGCUUUUUGUACGGCAAUUGUGCCUUAAAUUUCUAUAUGAGAUGUGCUAUGUAAAAGAAAUGGCAAUUUGGCAAAGAGUUUAUCCGAAAGAAUAUCAAUCAUAUAACAUUGAAAAUGACUCAACUAAGAACAAGGUGUUCUUAUUAAUUGCAGCACGUGCUAAUCUCAUGAUGUGUGUUUUACUCGAAGAAAAUGCUUACAAUCUUAAUCCAGAAGUCGAGACACAAAGCUCAAACUAUCUUAUUUAUUUUCUUGAAGAAAUGGAGGAUGUAAUGGAUCACUUGAAGGUUGUUGGCAUUGAAAAUUUGACAAAAAUAUGGAUCAACUCAGCAAAGCGUCCACAAUGUAAGAGUCCAUUUGAUAAAAUUGAAAAUCCAGCACAUACUGAGCAUCAACAUUUGAGACAAAUUAAGGAAGAAUGUGAAGAUGACGAUGAGUCUGAAAAAGAUUUAGAAAGUCAUAUUGACAGUCAAAAAAGUAGCAGUGGAUUUGAGAAUGAGGACACGUUUUAUAAGGACUUUGCAGAUAUUGUCCCUCAAACUUUAACUUUUGGACCUGAAAAUGUUCUUUACCAUUUUACACAAUUAGAUUUUUCAGAAGGAAUCAUCUUAACAACUAUCAAUGAUAAUGCCUGUAAGCCUCCAAAUGAUAUAUUGGUUGAUAUAUUCAGGAGAAGCUGUUUAAGUAUCCACUGCGUGCUUCAAAAUACAAUACAAUUUAAUCAGCUGCUUUCUCGAGAAAAUAAAAUAUCAAGCAAGACUAUGAUGCUUCCAAAAGAACAAGGGAUGCUAAUAGAUCUUAUUGUUGGGAAACAAAGGCUUAGUUUUUGGAUAAUUGGGCGUCUUUUUGGAACUAAAGAGUUGUACGUGUGCUACGACUCUAAAAUUCCUCAAAAUAUGGUAGAAAUUGCUUUUAGAAUCGCACUUAAUUGUAUUGGAUAAGUUCAAAAUUAUUAUCUCCUUAAAUUAUGUAAUAGAAUCAAGCAUUCCAUUAAUUUUAAGCCAUUUAAUAAAUUUAUGAAAGAAAUAAAAUCAAC